UGCGAGUAUGGGUAUUCAUCAUUUACCUCUAUAUGUUUACGUUGUUCUUAAGAACUUCUUGUUCGAUUAUCUGGGCAGUUAUGGAACGCCGAUCGCUAUAAUUUUGACAGCAAUUGUAUCGAUCAUCUCUUUACCAGUAUGUCUGAUCUUGUUACUGAUCAGGUUCAUAAUCUCUUUAAUACCAAGGCUUCGAUACAAAUCGAAUUUUGUUGGAAUGAUGAAUGGGACAGAAUCGAGUUUUAACAUGUGUCAAAUGCACAUGAUGACUAUUCUCUACGUGGAACACGACGAAUCCUUCGAGAGUUUCAGAACUUUAGUAGAGGAUUUUCUCAAAGCGAUCAAACAGUCAGAGUUCGAAAGAUUGUUCUACUUUCGUGGAAGUGUUUUGGGUUACCCGUUUUUCUACAAGAAGAAUUUGAUGGUGUCCGAUCACAUUUUGGUGAUGGAUGAUUGUAACGAGAGCGACAUUCUCACCGACAUGGCUUAUAGGAAACAGUUACAUAAGUAUCAGAAGAAUAAAUUCCUAGUCGAAGAUGGUGCACUAUUCCAAGCAGUCCUUUGUAAGCAACCGAUCGAAAAACGCAAUCGUUACGCUCUUAAUUUAAUCUCUGAUCAUUGUUGCUGCGAUGGAAACGCAAUGAUAACAAUGUUAAGAAAUUUCUUGGAAAGGCAAAAGGUGGAGCAAAGCGUGGCAAAUGUAUCGAAACCGAAAACGUGGAGGUUGCACAACAUGGAAUUACCUGGAAUUCGGGUGGACAACGGUUUCGGAAGUGCAAAAAUUGUGGAUCAAUUGGUUUUUGGUAGAUACUUUGAAGAUGAACCCAUACGAAUGUCGAAAGUGAAAAGCAUCUCGAAGAAGUUGAACAGUGCCAAAUUUUUCAAUAUAUUGUCCAGCUGCUUAUGCUGCGCUUUGUACGAUUACUUCGGAAAGAGAUCGGGUGAAAUUCCCAAGACGUUAAAGAUAGCCAUGAGCAUUCCUCCACCAAUGAAGUCGGACAGUUUCGGGAUUUUAGUCGGAGCAGUAAUUGUUAAAUUACCAAUCGGACUUCAUCGUAAUUCGCCAAUAAGAAACUUGGAGUAUUUAGAGGUUGAGACGAAAACAGCUCUAGAAUCGUUCGAUUCUGAUUUACUUUUUUGGGUUAUACACAAUCUAUCUCAUCUAUUUCCUGUUUCCGUGUUGCGUUUUUCUCAGAAAUUCUUAGGUUUCUCCGCUGUGGUCUCCAAUUUUUUGGGUUGCGAUCAGCUGGUUAUGCCAGACGGAAGUCCUGUCUCGGAUUUGAUUAUUUUCCCUGACAAACCCCCAGAGUCGGGCGGUGAACCAAUGCAGUUUUUGGUAUACUCGUACAAGAAAUGUCUGAGGAUUUCCUUGGCUUUGAACAGAAACUUGGUGAACGAUUUGGAUCAUACCCAACGGAUUCUCGAUGAAACCAUGAACUAUUUGGAUCAUCUUCAUGAACAAAUCGUGAUAAAGAUGGAAAAAUUUAAAAUAAACUUGGUGAACGAUUUGGAUCAUACCCAACGGAUACUCGAUGAAACCAUGAACUAUUUGGAUCAUCUUUGGAUAAUCUUCAUGAACAAAUCGUGA